CAAUGCAGAAAGGCAUGAAAACAUGGCGAUGGAGUCGGGUGCAUGGAGAGCCCGGGAGAAUCCUGCCCUGGGGGAGCUGCUUCCCCGUUCUGGGUCUCCGUUUCCUUUGCCAAGCGAGCGCCUGCAGAUCGGCCUUGAGCCUCGAAGCCGCCUAGCCCUGGCGGUGCUGCUCCCGGGAGGCGUGGCCGGCCUGGGCAGGCGUGGAAAGUGGCAGCCCGGCCCAGGCGGAGCCUCCUCGGCCGGCGAGUAGCAGCGCUGAACCGGGUCUGCAGCGUCCCGGACCGGCUGGGGACUGGGCCUGGGAGAGCCAGCCCUGCGCUGAACCCGGACUUGAGCUGCAUGCGGAGCCCGCGUCUGUCGCAGUACCGGGGAUCGAACUCAUGACCACGUGCUUGCAAGGCAGGUGUUUAUGCUGCUGAGCUAAAUUCCCAGCCCCCUACAAUGUGUAUUUUUAGAGUUGAGUCAGAAUGUCUGAGUUCCUGGUGCUGCGUCUGCUCUGCCUCUGAGGCAGGACCAUUCAGUACUCCUCAGCGGCAGCCCUCCCCAACUCCAUCCCGAACCUGGACGUCCACUAUAGCCAGCUGUUCAUCGACAAUGUUACAGUCAGCAAGAAGACCUUUCCCACUGUCAACCCCACCACAGCAGAGGUCAUCGGGCUUGUGGCUAAUGGGGACCAGGCUGAUGUGGACCUGGCCGUGAAAGCAGCCCGGGAGGCCUUCCUGGGGUCACCGUGGUGCCGGAUGGAUGCCUCAGCGGGCCGGCUCUUGAACAGGCUGGCUGACUUGGUAGAGUGGGAUCAGGUCUACUUGGCCUCCCUGGAGACCUUGGACAACGGGAAGCCUUUCCAAGAGUUUUAUGCCUUGGACCUGGAUGAGGUCAUCAAGGUAUAUCGCUACUUUGCUGGCUGGGCUGACAAGUGGCAUGGCAAGACCAUCCCCAUGGAUGAGGAGCAUUUCUGCUUUACCUGCCAUGAGCCUGUGGGUGCCUGUGGCCAGAUAAUCCCAUGGAACUUCCCCUUGGUGAUGUAGGGCUGCAAGCUUGCCCCAGCGCUCGACACAAGUAGCACUGUGGUGACGAAGGUCGCUGAGCAGACCCCUCUUUCUGCCUUGUACUUGGCCUCCCUUGUCAAAGAGGCUGGCUUUUCCCCUGGAGUGGUGAAUGUCAUCACGGGCUAUGGCCCCACGGCAGGAACAGCCAUCACCCGGCACAUGGAUGUUGGUAAAGUCGCCUUCACUGGCUCCACUGAGGAGGGCCACCUGAUCCAGAAAGUGGUGGGCGAUUCCAAUCUCAAGAGAGUCACCCUGAAGCUGGGUGGGAAGAGCCCCAGCAUUGUGCUGGCUGAUGCUAACGUGGACCAUGCCGUGGACCAGUGUCAUGAAGCUGUCUUCUUCAACAUGGGCCAGUGCUGCUGUUCCUUCAUUGAGGAAUCUAUCUAUGAUGAAUUUCUCAAGAGAGUUGUGGAGAAGGCCAAGCAGAGGAAAGUUGGAAGCGCCUUUGAACCAGAUACCCAACAAGGUCCCCAGGUGGACAAGGAGCAGUUUGAACGAAUCCUGGUGUAUCUUGGCCAGAAGGAGGGGGUACAGCUGCUUUGUGGUGGCUUCAGGAAGCAAGGUUUCUUCAAGCUGACGGUCUUUGCGGGGAUGCAGGAUGACAUAAGGAUUGCUCAGGAGGAGAUCUUUGGGCCGUUCAAGUUCAAGAAGAUUGAAGUGGUGAUUGAGAGGGCCAGCAGCACCAGGUAUGGUCUGGCCGCUGCCAUGUUCACUCGGGACCUGGAUAAGGCCAUGUACUUCACCCAGGCACUCCAAGCGGGGACUGUGUGGGUGAACACCUAUAACAUUGUGACCUGCCACACGCCAUUUGGAGGCUUUAAGGAAUCCGGCAAUGGGAGGGAGUUGGGGGAAGAUGGGCUUCAAGCCUACACAGAGGUGAAGACAGUCACCAUCAAGGUUCCUCAGAAAAACUCAUGAGAACAGCUCCAGGAAUUUCACAACCAGCUGGACCAUGCCAAAUGAGUUUUAGGCAUGGAUUUCCUUUUAGGCAUGGAUGUUCCAAAUGCAAGGGAACCCCAACCAAUCAGAGCGCUACCCACCUGCUCCACAACCCCUACCCACUUGGUGGCACUUGAUUUACUUCUGUGGAAUCUUAAGAGUCUCUGGAAGACCAAAUAAAAACCAUUGACUAGGUGGACAAUCACUUUCAGUCAUUCCUGCAGGUCCAGGGACUUUCUAGCAGAUUAAUUCAGUGGCUUUGUGUGGACGGUCUCAGCUCCAUCACAGGAUUGAAAGGUAUUGGGAAUUCUGAACUAAGUGGACAGCAAAUCUUGGUCCUAAUCUUUAUGAACUUAACUGGAAAACCAAAGCUCUUUUUUUCUUCAAAGUACCAAUUGUUGGGCAUUUUGUUUGCUUGUCCUUCAUUUUGCUACUGUUUUUCUUUAAUUUGAAAGAUAGAGUAGGCAAAGGACGCAAAUCUAUAACCAUGCCUUCAAAAUAAACUCAAACACCCCAAAUGUCUGUCAGCUAUUGAGUGGAUAAAUAGGAGGUUUGCAUGGAAUAUUUCUUCAAACUGUUCACCACAGAAGGAAGAAUGAAGUACUUCUUUUGAGAACAUCAUAUUAUUCUUUUGAAGAUAUCAUAUUAUGUGAAAGAAACCACAGAUACAAGGCCACCUAUUGUGUGUUCGCCUUCAUAUGAAAUCUCCAGAUUAGGCAAAUCUAUAGAACUAGAAAGCACAUUAGUGACUGAAGGAGGCUGAGAAGGAAAAAGGGGCACUAACUGCUCAUGGGUGUGGAAACUUUUAGGGGGAGAUUUUGAAAAUAUUCUGGAAUUGAACAGAAGCGAUGAUUGUACAAAUUUGCAAAUGUAUUAAAGUGUCAAGUUACCCCUUAAUUGUGGUAUGUAAUUAAUUUUAUUUAAAAGUUAAACUGAAUACAUUCUGUUUGCAAAUCCAUUUUGUCUCAAUAUUUUCUUGCUGCUACACAUUUUAAGAGUUUGAGUGUGGUAGGGACCCAUGUAAUUAUCUAGUCAGCCCCCAGCCAGGUACAAAAGUCCUAACAUUUCCACUCUUGUUUUCACUUUCUCUUGGCUAAUGACAAAGUGCAAAUUUAACACCAGUAGAGAAUAGCUCUGGUUCCCACCCAGAGCAAGUCCGUCUCAUUUCUAGGCUUCCACUUACAUUUUCACUCCAAUCUCUAUGAAACCACAGCACCCCUCAAGACAAGCCCAACAUCUGACAUGUUGGGGGUCUCUAAAUUGAAAACAUCAGUGUUCAUUGUCUUGUUAAUCUUGCUGCUUUCUUUGUGUUGAAGGUCAAGUGAAACCCAAGCCAGUCAGGCAAGCUCAGAAGCAGAAUGCUGAGCCUGUCUUUCUCUUUCCUCCUAAACCAUGUUGCUUACAAACCACCCUCUGGUUAAAUCCAUCUGUUCUACUGCGUGCACACUGGUCACCACUUGAAUAUCCUUGCAUCAAUAUGAUUUUGUGCAUUGUUUGACCUGAAACUUUCUUGAGAGUUUAGGAUCUGCUAGGUUCCCCUAUCUCUUUUCCUGGGGUCACCUUCCUAUGCCACUUGUCUAAGGCUGAAGUGACACAGACCCUUCUGAAAUGCAGCUUCCAGCUCUGUCUGUUGCAGACUGUGAGCAGCUCUGAUGCACAAUAGUGGAGCUUCCUGUGGACAGACAGGCGUGGGACACGCGAGUAGAGGAGUGGGUGGGCAUGUGUAAUGCUAACAUCACCACCACAGUGUGUUGACCGGUCCUUGCCUUAUCUAAUACUUGCUAAUUCUAUACCAGAGAGGAACUUUGUAGAAGGUAUUCCCCUACGGGUCCUCCAUUGGGAAUGGAGAAUCUUUAAGGUCCCUUAUCUUGAGCCUUAAAAUUCUGACACUGAAGAUUCAGAUAAAUGAGAUUAAUAAUCAGCUCAGGCCUUGAACACCUUUCCAUUCACGUUGCACGCAAACACAGUAAAACUCAAAACUACUGAAAUUGUCUCUGAAUGCAAACCCGUGUGUGGAGAGGUUUCACUAGAUGUCAUCAUGCAGUCCAGGCACGACGGGCAACACUCAAAGUGGUACCCCAGAUGCUACAGCUCCGGGCCAUUCAUCCCACUGAAAGUCUUUCACUGCAAUUCAGUGUGCAGUGCCAGGCAGCUUUACACACCACUAAAGCCUUAUAACACUACUGGAAACAAGAGUGGAGUGACUCAUUUUUCCCUCUCCAGAUGAGGAUUUGGAAGCCAAGAGGUUUAGAAGGCAGUUUGUUUGGGGUCUGGUUCUCAUGAGCGUGCUGCAGAGGCCAGAGAGAGGGACAUACUGAGGAGCCUGUCUAGUUCAAAGAACCAAACAACCCACAGUGACGCCAAGCAAGCCCAGUAUACCCCAUGUCUAGACUGACUGAGCAGGGCUGCAGCUGAAACUUACUUUCUUGAUUGGAUCUGAGGCCACUUAGGAACUUUAAUUUGUACUGGCUCCUUUCUGGGUAUGAGACUGACCUCUGGUGGUCACCCUUUGAAUUAAUUUGUUCGGGUAACAUUCCCUGGGGGCCGAGGAUGGGAGUGGGGUGGUUUACUCUAGGCUGAUUGUUGAGGGAAAGACAAAGGAGCAAGAAAGGCUGCCCUGUGGGAGCUUACAGUCUACCAUGAGAGGUGAUUGCAGAACAGGGUAAAAGUGCAACGAUAAAUAGAAGUAUAGAGCACAUGAGGUACUAGAGGAAGGAGCAUCUAUUAAACAUCCACAGUGUACCAUCUCGUUUAAUGUUCUCAACUUCCCCAAACCAGUUACUUGACAAUACUUACCAAGUCUUGUGGUUUUUACACUUGAUAAGCAUGGAGCCCUGGAGAUGCUCAGCUGGUAAUUGGGGCCCUUCUCUCCUCCAGGCUGCUGUCUUCUAGGACACCUGGAUCAGCCCUGGACAAGGUUGUACAUGAGUGGGACAUCCUGUUGGACAGAACAGGACCAGGUAGAGAGACACAAAGGAGCAGAGAUGGCAGUCUGUUCCCUAGGGAGAGGCAAGGUGGGAGGGCAGGCAGGGGCUGUGCUGCAAAGGGCUGAGGCCCUGCUAGGAAGUUUUGUAAUGGAAAGCAUUAUGGUUUAAAUCUGGAAUACCCCCCGGGGCCUCAUAUAUCUCCCUCCCAGCAUCUCCUUUUUUUUUUUUGUUGGUCUUUUUGAGGUUGUACUAUGCGGUGCAGGCUGGCUUUGAACUCACUUUGUAGCCCAGGCUGGUCUCAAAUUUGUAGCAGUCCUCCUGCCUCAGCCUUCCAAAUGCUGGGAUCACAGGCAUAUGCCACCACGCCCAGUUAAUGCCUCCUUUGCUCACUGUGUCCUUUCCACCAUGACAUAAGUAGCUUUCCUCCACCCAGGCCCUUCCAUGCCGUGCAGUGUUCGAGCCUGCUGAUCAUGGGCUGAAACUGCCAAAACAAACUUCUCUUCCUUUAACUUGCAGAUUUUGGGUAUUAUGUCUCAGCAACAAGAAAGCAACUAAGACAGGAGAACUUUGAGCGUCUUACAGAAAAAGGGGUAGGGUCACCCUCAGUUUCUAAAGGUAGUCUGCUUCCACAUCGAGGGUGAACUGAGGGGGUCACCUUGAGCUGGACACUGCUGCGCAUGCCUACUAUGAUUCUGGCCUAAGCUGGGUGUGGUGGGAGUAGUGGGCGGUUCUGGAAAGCCAGAAGGUGGGCAUCAGUCAGUGGUGACAGACAAACUGACAGAAGAGGACAGCGUAUUGUUCAGUGAAUAAAGACAAGAAAAAGAGUCUGUGUAUGUUUGGUACAGUUGCCAUUUUUUCCCUAAUAUUUUCAAACCAUCGUUGGUUGAGUGACCUUCAGAUCCAGAGACUGACUGUGCUGAGUCAGUUAAAGAUAUAAUGGAGAAAAAUCCUGCUGGGAAGGGGAAUAGGAAGUGUCAGGGGAGUGGGUCAGAGGCUGUGAUUUUCAAUCAAGAAAUCAGAGAUGGUCUUACUGGAGAUGAUGAAGGCUCGAGCAUGCCUGGGGGCACAAAGGACACAGGAAGCCAGGUUUCAGCAGCCAAGGGGCAGAUACAGACAGGGCAGUAGCAGGAUGUACAGCUUGCUUGAAGGCACUGUGCAGAUCGAUUGGGACUUCACUGCGAAUGAGACAGGAGCCACUGAGGGGUUCUGAACAGGGUUGCAAUGUGAACUUGAAAGGCUUACUGGGCAAGGGUGUUGGGAAUGGGUUUUGGGGGGAGCAAAGAGAGCUUGACCUUGAGAAUGCCCAUGGCAAGGCGGGCAGGAUCCUAAAGGGGCUCGAGACAAAAGCAGUCUCAGGAAUAGAAGCAGAACGAGGGGGGAAUCGUGGAAGGUGGACUUCCUGAAGGGAAGGAAAUCAUAUGCUCCCAAGAGAUCAAGGAAGGGCACACUGAGUGAGGGGUGUCCCUUGACUGCAGCAGUCUCUGUGGAGUAGCUAGGGACAGGAGUCGGGCUGCUGAGGGGUGAGAGCGCCGCUCACCCCUGAAGCCACAGCAGUGUGCACACUAGUGCUGGGAGUUACGCUAGGAUGUGGGGAGCCAUUGAAGCUGGAGAUUGAUCACGGGCGGGGCUAAAGCAAGACCAACCCUAAAAACACAGAGAGCUUCAAACAAGCUGUUCCAGCACCGAGAAGGCCAGGGGCCAGGCCAGCCAGGCGAACAAGUAGCUAGGCAGCAGGCUUGAAAUUGACCUUGUCCUUUGCAGGGAAUAAACAAAUGUGCUACAGUGGUUGAGCAGUUCCUUUCCUCCCUUCAGGAGAGUAAGGGCUCCCCCUGACCCCAGCUUUGUCUCUUCUUUAUUUUCUUAUCUUCUCAUGGUCCUUCACCCCAAGAACCUCAAGAAGCUUUUGAGAGCCUCUCUCACCCGCACCUCAUCUCACCAGAGAGAGUAACUGCCCAACGUCACAGGCUCAGUGAGGCCAGAGUGUGGCCUGAAUUAAGGUCUCUCGGCUGCCAGGCACGCAUUCUCCCCAUGUGAAUUAAUGUAAUGAGAGCUGCUGUGAGUGAACCCAUAAGUCUGAGGGGUUUAAAACAACAAUGGCUUAUUUUUUGCUUGCAUAAUCAUCAAAUACAAGAACUUGGCUGACAUUUUCUCCCACAUGGAGAUUCAGCGGCAGUUUCCUUCCAUCCAUCUACAAUAGUUCUUACUAUAUGUGACAUGCUUCUGUGAGAAGCUAGUGAAAGCAGUAGACUUUUUCACCAGACUAAAAUGCACACAUGCACCUAUCAUAGAACAUGACAUUCUUUCAGGGGAUUCAUAGAACCCAUGAAUUCAUCUGUAGAAUUCUAAGAGAUCCAUGGUGCAGGUUAAAAACCCCUGCCUGGGAUCUCAGAGACUACAUGUUAGCUGCACGGUGGGGCGGAAAGGACAGAAAAGGCACAGUGAUUUCUUACAAAGCCCCAGCCUCCCAAUGGAGUCCAACAGCUCUAUUACAUUUCGUUGGCAAUAUAGCUUGACCCAGUACUGUCAGUGCAAAGAAAAGCUGGACUCAGGUGUUGAUGGGACAUCACAAUACUGUGGAGGGAUCCAGGUGGCCGGUGGACAGUGUGCUGCCACUGCUGCCAUGUUUGUCCCACUUCAGGCAGGAGUGUGUGACGGUGAAGGUUUCUCACAAGGACGUGCAUGCAGUGCCGUCCUCUUGUGGGUCCCUGACAUCUAGCCUUGCUCAUGUUGCUUCUUUCUCCUCGGUUCAUUUAUCUCCAGGUUCAAUCCACUUUCUUAGGCCCUGGCUAAGACCCACCUUCUUCAAGGCCUUUGAUCUUCCCAACUCCCCUCUGGCCCCUUGAGAUCACAGCAUCCUCUUGUCACUUGGUUUUAUCCUAUGGCAGCUCCAUCAUGAAAUGGGUCUAAUUUUUUUGUCCUACUUGACAAUCUCUCGCACAGUUUUGCUUUCUUUCCUUGCCCUCUGCAAUCUCCUGCAGAGUGGACAGUGUGUGACCUUUCGCUUAGCACAGCAGGUCAGGGCAAUGAUGUUCACCUUCUGGGACAUUGAGGAAAGAGAGUCUCAGAGUCAAUGCAAGUGACCCAUACCCAUAGGCAGUGAUAGCACUUGACCUUGGCUCUAGGCCCUCCAGCUCCAAAACUACUGGCCAUUAUACCCAAGUGCCCACUGUGAGACCUCUCAGUAGCACACAGACAGUCCAUAUGUGGCACCACAAGCAGCUCUGUGUACCAGACAUUAGACUGACCUAUGCAAUGCCUAUGCACGCAGGUACUCUGCAAAUGUGUGACAAGCUGGCUUAUGCACAGAUAACAGAGGCCUCUACCUGCCACUGCUCCCCAGCAGACAGUGACAGAGACACAGGUGACUUUGUGUCCUGGAGGCCAUUGAGGCUGAGUCAAAGGCAGGCCUGACCAAAAAGGAGCUCUUACUGCAGGAGAGGCGGAGCCAGUAUGGGAUUAUGCACUGGGCAAUGGGCUCCAAGUUCUCAAUUCAUUAAGCUGAAGACACUAGAGUGCUGUGGUUCCUUAAUUAAAAUACCACAGGAUAACCACUCUGUGAUUUAAUGAUCAAGAGCCUCAGCAAGACUGAGAGUGAGGAAAUUCAUUAGAGGAGAGUGUUCACUACUGAGUGAUUCUCCUGUUCUUAUUCAUUUUUCUUAUGUCAUCCAUCCCUCAGGAGGUGGGGAAGGCAAUGUUUUUGUAAAGACACAGGAAUUAGCUUCACCAUAGAGCCUAAAGGAAAAAAAAUACACCUUGACAUAAAAAAAAAAAAAAUCAACCCUUUUUUGGUUUAAGGUAAAAGCUGGAUACAUGAACACUGACUUUAGAAUCACUGGGGCUCUUACCAUUAAAGGUUUGUCCACAACCUGUGGAGCCAAACACUGUAUGUGUUAUGUUUUUUCCUAUAUCAACAUAUGAAAAAGUCUAAUUUAUAAAUCAAGCACAGUAAGAAUUAACAAUAAUAAAAUAAAAUGAUUAUGAUGUUGUAAUAAAAGUUAUGAGGAUUGUCUCUCAAAAUCCCUUACUGGGCACCCACCGAGCCCAGCUUAAAGGAGGCCCUUGGUGCACUGCACCCUGCUGACACCACAAUACUCCCUCCCCACCUGGCAUCUCGUACCUUUCUUCUACCUGCCAUUCAAUGUGUGUGUCAGAGAUGACAGAGUGUGCAUCAGUGAGUGCAUAAAACACUAGAAUGCUGGUACAAUGGGAUCUCAGAAGGAUCAGGCUGGCAGUAGUAUAAAAUGAUCAGGGCUAGUAAAAAAUUGCAAAUGAGAAAUGGCCAGAUUGGCCCCUGCACACCCACUACCAUUAGAAGUCUUGCCUUCUGCAGGCAGCGGGUGUGGGCAGAGAAGCAGCCAGACUCGCCCCAGUGCCAUCAGGUAACAGCAUGGACAGGGAGAACAGCCAGAUACACUCUGCAUACCCACGGGCCAUCAGAAGCACUUGCUUCCUGUGGGCAACCAGCGUGGGCUGGGAGAACCUCGUGGACAUGCCCCUGGGGACCUACCACCAUUGGGGGCUGGUUCCUGUGUAGCCAUGCGGGCUGAGAGAAGCAGCCCUGCCAUCGAGCCUGUGGCCAUCAGGAAGUCACAGUGUAGCCCUGCAGGUCUGGAGAGGCUUGCCCCCCACCUCACUGCCUCCCUGGAGCCUGGGUACAGAGAAACCCAGGUGCCUAGCCCAUUCUCCUACACUGCAAAGGGGCAGCCAAUGUGGGAGGUGCCUAGGAACAUGCUUGUUGGGAACCCAGGAGAAUGUCAAGACAAAGGAGCAAAAGGUAAUCUCAGAUGUCAGCCCACACAGAAUAAGUCUGGGAGAUAGAGACAUGGAAAAAAAUGGAAGUCACUCACCUGAAAUCUCUGAAAGGAUAGAAACUGAAGUAAGGAAACAACUUCAUGAGGCUGUAAGAGUAAUCAAAUCAGAAAUAUUGUCUUAGGUAAAAGAAGAAAUCACAAACAUAAUGAAAGAAUUGCUAAGCAUGUCUAAAGAAGACAUAGAUUAAAAAAAAGAGCAUAGGAAAAUGACAGAAACCUUGAAUUAACAAUAUAGAAAGGAAUUACAAUGCAUGAAACAGAUUCAAAGAGAUAUCCAGGGAAUUUAAAACUUCAUUGAAAGCUGGCAAAAUUGCUUGAAAGCGACUGAAGAUAAACUUUUAGAUCUUAAAGACAGGAUUGUAAUUAGUGCUCAUGAAUGAAAAGAUCUCCUAAAAAUAAUGAGGAACCAGGAUAUAACAAUUCAAUGGCUGCAAGACAAUGCAAAGAAAAAUAAUUUAAGACUGAUAGGUGUCAGCAAAAAAGCAGGAGUCAACACACAUGACAUAAAGAGACAAUUUACAGAAGCAAUAGUAGAGAACUUCGCAAGCAUAGGAAAAGGACCUGACAUACAGCCCAGUGAAGCAUAUAGAACUCCAUCUAGCCAUUACCAAAACAAAACUAUAACCAGACAUAUAAUAAUCAAGAUCCCAGAAAUUCAGUGCAAGAACAGAAUAUUAAAGGCUGUUAGAGAAAAGAAACAGAUCACCUAUAAAGGAAGGACCAUCAGAAUCACGGCAGACUUCUCAACACAAACCAUCAAAUCAAGAAGAGCCUGGAGUGAAGUGUUUCAAAUUCUGAAAGAAAACAACUUCCAACCCAGACUGAUGCUAUCUUUCAAAACUGAUAGUAAAAUAUGAUACUUCCAUGAUAAAAAAAAAAAAAACUGAUGGCAUUCAUUACCACCAAAUCAACCCUACAAAGAGCUCUGAAAGAUAUUCUACAGAGAUAAAGAUGACCACGGUUCCAGGAAUAGCAGCAGAGGGGGACUGCCAAACAGGGCAGGCAAAGGGGAACAAAGGGGGAAAAGUGGGAGCCAACAGCAAGAAACAAGCCAAUGCAUCUUGAUUGUAAUGAUUAAUGUAGAUGGCCUCAGUUCACCAAUCAAAAGAAGCACAGGCAGAGUGGAUCAUGAAACAAGAUCCAUCAAUAUGAUGUAUACAAGAGACACAUUUAACUCAAAAAGAAAUUCACAGACCAAAAGUCAAAGGAGAGAAACAAUGUUCCAUGUAACAGGAAACUAGAAAAAAGCAGGAGUAGCUUGCCCAUCAGCCACAGAAUGAAUGAGAAAGAUACAGUUUUUUCCUACAAGAGAAAGCUCCUCAGCUAUAAAGGACAAUCUCGAGGAUCCUGUAGAUGCACCUUGAGAUCAUGCUGAUGGGUGAAAUGGUUCAGACUCACAUGGAGGAACAUCAUGUUAUCGUCUAAUGUAAAAAACUGAAGAUGUUAGUGGGAUCCAAAAUGUACAAUAGAUACUAUAAAAGUGAGAGGGGAGAAAAUGUCUAGAAAGGGAGAGUGGUAACCACUGUUAAUUUCCUAUUAUCUUGUUUUGAUUUUCUGUAUUGCUUUCAUAGUUUGGUUUUAUUCUGUCUUGUUUUGUUUGAUUUUAUUGUGUCUGAUGGUUUGGGCAGCUAUUUUGAAGAUAACAACAUGUAUCAUGGUAGCUACUGUUGGUUUCAUAUUAUCUUGUUUUGAAGUCCUAUAAUGUUUUCAUUCUUUUGAUUGGGUUUGUUUCAUUUUGUUUGAUAUUAUUAUGUCUGAUGGUAUGGACAGACGAUUUGAAGAAAACAAGAGAUAUUGAGGUACCCAUUCCUGAUUUCCUAUUUGAUUUUGAAGUCCUGUAUCACUUUUUUUUUUGGUACUGGGGAUUGAACUCAAGACUGCAUGCUUGCAAGGCAGGAACUUAUGCCGCUGAGCUAAAUCCCCAGCUCCUUCUGGUAUUACUUUUAUUGUUCUGCUCUGAAUAGCUUUAUUCUGUUUUAUUUUAUUUUAUUCUUUAAAAUAAAAUAAACACAAUAAAUAAAAAUAAA